CGCAUAUUUGCACAAGAAUAGCCUUUACUCUUGAUGAGAACAGAUGAUCAGUUCCAAACACCAUCUGACAGUGUUUCAUCACGUGUAGACAGGUUUGGCUCUAGCAGCAGGACAUCACAUCCUAUAAAAAGACUCAGAGAAGACAGCGGAACCUCUAUUAGGAGUGUGGAUUCUGUAGAAACACUGAAACAUGUGGAUUAUGUGAAGAAACUCACCCUACUAGAGAUGCAGGUAACCAAGCUGAAAGAAGAAAACCAGAAGCUAAAGAUUGAAUCCGAGUUCAAAGACCAAGAGAGGAAACAUUCCUCUUUGAGGGAAGAUGAGGAGGAAAAGAAUGCUAGAGAUAGAAUCUACAGCCAAAGAAACACUCUGUUUGAAAAGAAUAACGAUCUAACUGAAGAAUUGGAGAGUGUCUCUGAAGCAUACAGGAAGUUUCACAAAGAUAUGUCAGAGAAGAAUGAUAAGCUUCUGGGAGAAGUGGGUGAAGUGAAGACAAAGUUGAUGCAAGUAACAGAUGAGCUGUUCAGUGAAAGGAGGAAGUCUUCACAUGAGGUGUGGUUAGCUACAAAGAGACAGAAGGAGGAACUGGAAGAGAAGGAGAUUGAAAUAAUCAAGUUACAAAACGCUAAUGGACUAAAGGACAUGACAAUUGCAAACCUGACUGCAGAUAUGGAGAGGAUAGACACCAGGUUAUCUCAUUUCACUGAGCUCCAACAGUCAGAAUUCAAACUUAGGAUGGAGCUAGAUUCCCUGAAAAACAAAGAGAUCUACGCUAGUGUAUUCCCGGAUAAAAUAAUACAGUCCUCUCAAAUACAAGAGGAGAAUGUGAGACUGCAAAGGAAUAUUAAGAAUAUGAGGGAUGAGAAAGACAACUCUAGUCUCCUGAAGAUAAAGUUAGAAGACGUAGAGAAGGAGGUUAGGACCCUUAAGAAGCAGCUCACUGAUUAUCACUCCUUUAAAGACCAACAUGAUUCUUUAACAGCUGAUCUGAAGGAUUGGGUUAGAGUUAAGUCAGAGCUGAAGAUGAGCUCCCCUCUCUCUAUAAUUUCUACCGUUUCAACACUGGAGAAAGACACCUUACACCUGACUUCCCAGCUAGAGAAACUGAAGAGUGAGAAGAACGCACUAACAUCUGAGCUGUCAGAGCUAAAGACCACAUACACCCAGCUAGAACAGCGUGCUAACACCGAAAGUGAGCAGUACAUAGAGAUGAAAAAGAAACUGAACUACUGUGAGGUAAAGGUCGCUGAAUACAGGGAUGAAGCUGCUAGUUGCAGGAAGUUGCUGGAGACCUACCAGACCACAAACGAGGACGACAGACAACAUCUACCCAAGAAAGCAGGUCUUAAGAUUCUGCACAUGAAACACAACCCUUACCAAGAUAAGUUGGACAUGGAACUAAAAAGACUGAGAAAUGAGAACACAAAACUAAAGCACCAAGUAGAAUCUUCACAGAACUCCUCACUUGUAAGUGAUUUUGAGCGUGCACAGCAGAAACUAAGUGAGAGUGAAGCUGCGCUGAAGAAAACCCGAACUAUCUACCAAGCUAAAGUGAAGGAGUUUAAAGAGGGUAUAUUUGAUCUGUUUGGGUACAGUGUGACGUGUCCAGCUGAUAACCAGUAUUCUCUCUCUCUGUGUUCGCGGAGUCUCAGGAGGAUAACAUUCUGUUCUACAGAGUCAAGAACAACCUUCAGCUUAUGGAGAGUCGCUUCACCAAGACGCUCGACCUACAAGCUCACAUUUCCAAACUAACACAGCACCGAUCCAUUCCUCUCUUUCUGUCUGACGUUACGUCCGACCUGUUUCACCGUCAAACUGUGAAUAUUGGGGCAGAGCUUGAGUACACUUGCGAGUUUGGUGGUUACAAGAAAUAAACAGGUUAAAGGAUUUAUUGAUUAGAUUUGGAUUCCGUGUCAAGAAUAUAAUAUAUUGAUAGAACUGCAGAAUCUUGAUAAUCUAAUCUUGGGAAUAAGACUUGUUAUAUUCCAAAUUAUACUCAUUUCUAGUUUAUCUUUUUAUCGUUUUGUUAAAUUAUUAAUAUGUUUUUUAUGCACAGAUUUUACAUAAGAUAAGUCUAUCGUAAAACUAGUAUUUUAUCUCUAGGCAAAUUUUUCCAUAAAUGAUUUCAUUGACAUUUGACAUGGCAAAUCAGCAAUUAACAAAAUUAUAAAUUUUAUACAUUAAUGUUGAAAAUCAUUGCAAAUAAAAACAAUUUAGGAUAAUAUUUAUAUACCAGUCAAUUAGUACACAAACAAUCACACUGGACUGAUUGUUGACGGGGCAAUGCACAACUUAGUCGUUGGUAGCUGUUUUAUUUAACGGCCUAUUAUAAUUGUGUUGGAUUUUCCAAUGGAUAACAUUACAUACUUUAAUAAAAA